CGCUUCGGGGCAGAAGCCCGGAGACGCCGUCGUCGACGCUGCUGCUGCCGGUUCUUCUGCCGCUGCCCGCGGCCCCCCAGCCCUUUCCCCCGCCCGUGGCCCCGAGUCGGCCCUCCGGCCGAGCCCCGCCGGGCGCCGCGAGGCCCCUGGCGUUGGCAAGGCCGGGCCCGGCCCCGACGCCGCGCCGCCUUACGCCGAGCCCGACUGUCUCGACUCGCGACUCAGCACUGUCUUCUUUCCCAGGACUGGUUCCGAGGGGCCCGCAGGCGCCCAGACUCGCCCCCCGCCGGAGUGCCCCGGCCCGGCCCGGGAGCGGCCCCUUGUAGAGGUUCGAGGAGCCUGCCGAGUGCCAUCCCGGCGCCCGACCGCCCACCGCCCGGCCCGCCGGCCCGCUUCUUCCUGAUGCAGACUGCCGUCCACUAGAGGUUGGACAGACCCCCGAGGUGAUUCAUGGCAGGGGACGUGGAAGGAUUCUGUUCCUCCAUCCAUGACACCAGUGUCUCUGCCGGGUUCAGAGCACUGUAUGAGGAGGGAUUGCUUCUUGAUGUCACUCUGGUUAUUGAAGAUCAUCAGUUCCAGGCCCAUAAAGCACUCUUGGCCACCCAGAGUGAUUACUUCAGAAUUAUGUUUACUGCAGACAUGAGGGAGCGAGAUCAGGACAAAAUUCAUUUAAAAGGUCUAACUGCUACUGGUUUCAGCCACGUCCUUCAAUUUAUGUAUUAUGGAACUAUAGAACUGAGUAUGAAUACUGUUCAUGAGAUCCUUCAGGCUGCCAUGUAUGUUCAACUUAUAGAAGUGGUGAAGUUCUGCUGCUCUUUUCUAUUAGCAAAAAUCUGCUUAGAAAAUUGUGCAGAAAUUAUGAGACUCUUAGAUGAUUUUGGUGUAAACAUCGAGGGAGUCAGGGAGAAGUUGGACGCCUUUCUGCUAGACAACUUUGUGCCACUCAUGUCCAGACCUGACUUCCUGUCUUAUCUGAGCUUUGAGAAGCUCAUGUCUUAUUUGGAUAAUGAUCAUCUGAGCAGGUUCCCAGAGAUAGAGCUGUACGAGGCUGUGCAGUCUUGGCUGCGGCAUGAUAGAAGACGCUGGAGACAUACCGAUACCAUCAUUCAGAACAUCAGGUUUUGUUUGAUGACCCCAUCCAGUGUUUUUGAGAAGGUUAAGACAUCCGAAUUUUAUAGAUACUCCCGACAGCUGCGCUAUGAAGUUGACCAAGCAUUGAAUUACUUUCAGAACGUUCACCAGCAGCCUUUGUUGGACAUGAAAUCCAGCCGCAUCCGCUCUGCCAAACCCCAAACUACAGUAUUCCGAGGAAUGAUUGGACAUAGCAUGGUUAACAGUAAAAUCCUUCUCUUAAAGAAGCCAAGAGUCUGGUGGGAGCUGGAGGGCCCGCAGGUUCCUCUGCGCCCGGACUGCCUUGCUAUCGUCAAUAACUUCGUGUUCUUGUUGGGCGGGGAAGAACUGGGCCCAGAUGGCGAAUUCCAUGCUUCUUCCAAAGUGUUCAGGUAUGACCCGAGGCAGAACUCUUGGCUCCGGAUGGCAGACAUGUCAGUGCCACGUUCAGAGUUUGCAGUUGGUGUUAUUGGGAAGUUUAUUUAUGCCGUAGCUGGCAGAACCAGAGAUGAGACUUUCUAUUCAACCGAGAGAUACGACAUCACCAAUGAUAAAUGGGAAUUCGUGGAUCCUUAUCCAGUUAACAAAUACGGACAUGAAGGGACAGUGCUCAACAACAAGUUGUUUAUCACCGGUGGAAUCACCUCAUCUUCCACCUCCAAACAAGUGUGCGUGUUCGACCCCAGUAAAGAAGGGACCAUAGAACAGCGGACCAGAAGAACGCAAGUGGUUACCAACUGUUGGGAGAAUAAGAGCAAAAUGAAUUACGCAAGAUGCUUUCACAAGAUGAUUUCUUACAACGGCAAGCUUUAUGUCUUCGGUGGUGUCUGUGUGAUCUUGAGGGCCUCUUUUGAGUCUCAGGGAUGCCCUUCCACAGAAGUGUACAACCCAGAGACUGAUCAGUGGACCAUCUUGGCAUCCAUGCCAAUUGGCAGAAGUGGCCACGGUGUGACUGUGCUGGACAAACAAAUAAUGGUUCUCGGAGGCCUUUGCUACAACGGUCAUUACAGCGAUUCCAUCCUUACUUUUGAUCCAGAAGAAAACAAGUGGAAGGAAGAUGAGUACCCGCGGAUGCCCUGCAAGCUGGAUGGUUUACAAGUGUGCAACCUGCACUUCCCGGAAUAUAUACUGGACGAGGUCAGGCGUUGCAACUAAUGACAUCUUUCUCCCUUUAAAAAAAGCCAAACAAAAGAUUUGUUUGUGACGAAGUAGUUAAUUAAAAAAAGUGAAGAAAAACCUCACCAGUUUUACUAUCAAAGCCAUUGGUCUAAUAUCGUAAAAAAAUUUCAUUCUGUGCUAGCAUCCGUUUUUUUUUUUUCUUUUUAGUGGCCUCAGACUCAUGCAAUAAGUUCAUUCUAAGCGCUAGCUCUUGAAACUACUUCCAGAAGCAGUUUAAUAGAGUGAUCCACUUAUCUGGGAAGUUGAUUUUGUGCUUUAAACAUUUCUUUCAGAUGUCAGCGUAGGAGUCCUGCAUCUUCUAAGAGAAGACCUGAUAAGUGUCACUGGAUGUAAUUUCGGUUCCUAUCUCGAUCUGAAAUCUUUUGGAACGUUUCAGUGUAUUACAGUCUGUUAGACCUUUUGGUUUUAUAAUUUAAGUUUAAAACUCUUGACCUUUUUGCAUGGCUUUUUGCUGAAAAUGCAAAAAUAUAAAUUUUCUACAAAAUUAACUUUUUUAUAUUCAAAACACUAUUUCUAAGCUGCCUUCUCUUAUCUGCAUUGUGUUAGUGAAGCAUAUCCAUACUUGCAUACAUCUUAUGAACAUAUAAGGCACAUCUCCUUUUAUGCGUGGUUAGGAUUCUAUAUUUUUAAGCUAGUGCACUUGCACACACGGUUUGCCAUACUUGUUGAAUUUUAGAUGUAACGUCUUUUCGUGUAUUAACAUUUUUAGAAAGUUAAAAUAACUGGAGUCCUCAUUGGUAUCAAAGUAGCCUAUCUUCAGUCCAUACUGAUUCAGUAAUAUUGGAACUCCGUGUAUUCCUGAAACAUGUAUGGAUUUCUGAAAACUAACAUUUUAUAUUUUCUUUUCAAAAGUAAACGUUAGUGUUCCUUAUUCAAUGUAUGUCUUCUUUUUGAAAAUGUUUUUCUUUGCAGUCUGUUUAACGUUACCCUGUUUUUAGUGAGAAUCGGAGUGGUAGACGCAGCCCGGGCCUUGCGGCGUGCAAGCACUUUUAAAGAGCAUUUAGGUCAUACCAGACUCCUAAAUAGAGGCCCCUUAAAAGUAAGUGCAACUCCCAUUCUUUACACUCAGUAAGGCUGCUGCGUCUGUUACUGAAUGGAAAGUAGCAACUCGUGGAAAAUUUGAGCUCAUUUUUGAUGUAGAGGUAAGAAACAGAAUUAUAAUCUUACUGGUCAUAUCUACUUGUUUAUUUAGUACAGAAUACUUAGUGGCACCGGGGAUGUAAGCCCCCAGCCUUUGUUUUAUUUACUGAAAGCUACUAGCAUGAAGGAUAGUAACCUCAAAGUUCAGAACAGAUCAAGAAUAACUGUUUAAAAGCAUUUAUAGUAAGUGUUGUAGGAUUAGCCGCGCACCUUUCAACUCUUUAAACUCAGAAGGAAGAACAAGAUUAAGCAAGAAUAACCAGGGAGUGGAUCAUUCACAUGGAUGCCAUUUUCUCCUGAGUAGAGUCUAUAUCUGAUACAGACUAGUUCUACACUGGCAAAACUUGCCAGGUCUUAGGAUAUUGGUGCAAUAUUGCAAUGCCUUCUUCUAUGGCUGUUGUAUAAAUUUUCUAGUUUCACUUUUUUUUUCUUUUUUUUUUUUUGCUGCUGCCACCACUGAACACAAAAUGGAAGGGUGAAGUCACGGAAAUGUGAAGACUUUUGGGUUUUUUGGUUUUCUUUUUUUUUUUUUUGUUUUUGUUUUGUUUGUUUUUUUUUUGCAAUUA